AUGCUUGCGAGAUCCCUCCUGGCCUUGGCCCUAUCCAGUGGCCUCGCCGCCGCGCUCGACGGUCCCCAGCCAACACAGGCGCCGGCCUAUCCUCCCGUGCACAGGAGACAGAACGACGACGUGACGGCCAUCACCGACUGCCACUUGCAUGGGAGCGACUUGUACUGUAUGGCCGGCAGCGACGAGUAUUCUGUGGCGUACAGCGCGACCCAGACGACCGAUCUGCCCUCGCAGUUCACCGACUGCCACUCCCACGGCACCGACUUCUACUGCGUAGACGAAAAUGGUGACGACGUCGCGGCCACGGGCGAGGGCGGUGGCGAGGAAGAAACCGACACCUCGGAUUCGGAAGAGGGGUCCAGCCACGAAGGCCAAGACUGCCAUUUCCAUGCCGGCAUCGAACACUGCGUCGGCGGCGACGAGACGGAAGAAUCGACAGACACCGAAGAUGAGGGGUCCAGCCACGAAGGCCAGGACUGCCACUUCCACGCUGGCAUCGAGCACUGUGUAGGUGAGGGCGAGUCGGAGCAUGGAGGCGAAUCAGCGGCCGCUGGAGGCAGCAGCAGCAGCAGCAGCGGCGGCGGCUCCGAAUGCGCAGCGACACCAAGAGACUACGAUGUCGGCCUGCGUGUUGGUCUCCUCUUUGCUAUCCUCGCUACCAGCGCCCUGGGCGUCUUUGGACCGAUCCUGCUGCAGCGUUUUGUGCCACGCAAGCUGAACCUGUUCUUCGUCCUGCUCAAGCAGUUCGGAACAGGUAUAAUCAUCUCGACGGCCUUUGUCCACCUGUACACCCACGCGUACCUCAUGUUCUCGCAGCCCUGCGUCGGCGUUCUGGGGUUCGAGGGCACCACAUCCGCACUGGUGAUGGCUGGCAUUUUCCUCUCCUUCCUCGUCGAGUGGAUAGGCAACCGUGUCGUCCUCGCUAAGAUCAAGUCCGAGGCUGCCCUCACCGCCAAGGAGCGCUCGAAGGCCAUGCUCAGCAGUGAAGUUGUCAGCGUUCUGGUCAUGGAAGUUGGCAUCCUCUUCCACUCCUUGCUGAUUGGUCUCACCCUCGUGGUCGCGGGCGACAGCUACUUCCUCACCCUCUUCAUUGUCAUUGUCUUCCAUCAGAUCUUUGAGGGUCUUGCCCUGGGCACCCGCAUUGCCGCUCUGGGCACGGGCCAGCACAUCCACACUCACGGGCUGCCAGAACCCUCGGCCGAUUCGGAAGCCCACAAGACCGCCGACACACUGCCCAUUGCGAGCUCGUCGUCGUCGUCUUCCAGCCUUGUGGCCGGUGUUCCCUUGGGAAGGAAGCUCAUCCUCGCUUCGCUAUUCGCCUUCAUCACCCCCAUCGGUAUGGCGAUUGGUAUCGGUGUUCUCGACCAGUUCAACGGCCGCAACAAGGCGACUCUCAUCGCCAUUGGUACUCUCGAUGCCGUCUCCGCGGGUAUCCUUGUCUGGGUUGGCUGCGUGGAGAUGUGGUCCGCCGACUGGAUGACCGGUGCUCACGGCAAGCAGGCCGAGCUGGCCAACGCCGACUGGAUCACAACUAGCGUUGCCUUUUUUGGCCUCAUCGCUGGCAUGGCCCUCAUGAGCUUCCUCGGCAAAUGGGCAUAA